CCUCGGGGAACCAUUUCCCCCCGUCCUUCCCUCUUUAGCUUAAUUAAUUGACUCUCGUUCAUUCCGGGUUGCUGGGUAUUUACUCCGGCUCGACCCUCGUCCACCACCAUCCCUCGUUUAUCAUUGCUAGCUCGUCACGCCCACGAUUUCGUCCGUCCGAUCUUUCCAUCGAGACCUCCUCACACCAUCAUUCCCUGCUCGUACGUCGCCUCUGCUGUCUCCAGGGGUUCUCCCGAGUCCAGAACGUUUUCGGCGUCACUAUCUGUUCCCAUCACUACGGCCGUCUGGGCUUGCUAACGACACGCUGAAUCGCCCCGGCCGAACACUGCUGCCAGACCCGGCACUUUUCGAAUCUCACAUUCAAUUUUUGCAAGGAUUUUGACUUCCCUGGCAUAGUUUGACUGUUAAUCAUUGGCUUCGCCAGUACCGACUGCUUCAUCCUUCCUUCGUAUAGUCCUACCCCCCUAUUUCAUGUCUCUAAGCAUGUCCAGGGCCUCCCCGGCCCGGAUCCUGGGUGGUAUCACUUUAUUAUCCACGUUCAUCGCUACGGUCCUCGAUGGCAUGUGCUAUACUAUCUCCAGAUCCCUCUCAUCGCAUGUUUCCUCGGUUGAGUCAGCCAUUGUCAGCCUGGGUGCCGUGAGCUGUGUGGCACUUGCAUCUUUGAUGCUCCUCUGGGUCAAGGAUAUCCAGGGCGAGGCGCAGACGCAGCCCAAGAGCCAUCGGACAAUUACAUACGGCUUCAUCGCCGCGUAUCUCUCAAUAGCCACGGGCGUGACUGCGGGAGGGAUAGCCUGGAGCGCAGCUCAAUCCAUGGCAGCAAAGACGUCAAUGGCUCCAAAGCAUCAGUCCUUGCUAAUCGCUCGCUGUAUCAUAUGGGCGAUAUCAGUCCUCAGUCAAGGAAUAUUGGGAGGCCAUUUCCUCACCAGCUUGACGAAGCGGGAGUCUACCACCAAAUGGUCUCCACCAGCGUCGCAGGAACUCGAGGUGCUUUCUGAGAAAGCCAGUGUGAAAGACGAGAGCACCGUGACAUCAACCUCCAUUGCCAGCGAGUCUCAACGACCGUCUGCUGAGCUGAAGACGAACGUUGACACGGUGCCUCCAAUUCAACCAUCUGUUUCGAACGCAGAGUCCCAGACCUCAAACCGCUACUCUGGUCGCACUCUGUUCCAGCAUGACUCCAAGCAGAGCUCAUUUGACCUACAGCGAUCAUAUGUGCCCUAUGGGGAUUCAACCGUAGCUGCGGACACGCUAGAGGAGCAUCCGGAUGACCAGUCUGGCUCUACCCUGGGGGCCAAACUCCGCAGUGAGCCGCCAAAGAUUCGACGAAGCUACUCCGAUACGAAAAGGUCCCUGGACGGCUUGGUUCGUCAGCCCUCCUCAACACGGUCAUCACCGACUACUUCUUCCACACAACUGGUGACUCCCGCCAGACCGGCGCCUCCAAAACUAAGACUUCCCGACGAGAGCUUUAUUCACCCACUAUUCCGCUCCGACAGCGCGUCACCGCCCCCGACUCCGAUGCCAGGUACCACAGUGAUUGCCUCACCAGCAGCCGGCCAGACGAUUUCCGUAAAGGCCUUGAACCGGGUGAGAUCCACGCGCUCGUUACGGUCUCAGGCGCCGCGAAGCCGAUCACCGCUGUUCGACCAGCCCCUCAACAGUAUUGAGCGCAACACCGAGUCUCCCGAACCCAAUGGUCGAGGGUCACCGAUGCCCAGCUUUAUCAUGGCAGCCGAUGUCCGGAGCAGUAUAUCCCGAUACGAGAAGAAGUAUGACCUGAAUGAAUCUCCGGAUGAGAGCUAGCCAGGCAGGGGCGGGCGCCACCGGAUUUCAGGUUUGGUUUCAAUGUCUU